UUUCUCCAGGGCCAAUGCUUUCUCCUUUUCCGUCACAAGAGGGAAGCCUUGCAACUGAGUUGGAUGGGAAGCAAGACCAGAACCCACCACUUCCAAGAAGAGAAAAGGCAAUUAUUGGUUGGGGGAAGAGAGAGCGAGAGAUGAUCCUUCCCACAUUCUCCAAAAUCUGGGGCAAAGCAAAGCCUAGCCAAGCAGAAAAGGAAAAAGCCUUCUUGCCUGGAAGCUGCCUUUUGCUUUGCGGAGGGUCCUUUGGGGAACUUUUUGGGGGGCAAAGCCAAGGAGGCCAGGAACCCCUUUGAAAAAAGAAAAGCCAAAGAGAAAAGGAAAAGGAGUGGAAUACAAUUCUGAAAUUUUUCAAUCUUGCAAUUUUGCAAUCUGAAAUCUCUGCACUUGGACUUUGGAUUGGUACUUUGGUUUUUUGGAGGGUCCUUUGUUUUGGUUUGCAUUCUUUUGUACAGUAUUGCCUUUUUGGGGGGGCAAGGAUUUGGUCUCUGCUGGGAAAGACCCCCCAAAUGGUAUUAAAAUAAAGUCUCUUGGAAAGAAGGCGAAACCGGCUCAAGUGGUGGAAGGAGGCACCGAUAGACAUGCUGUAUGUCUAGCUAUCCCUGGAUCCAACCAUGGCCCUUGGGAAGGCGAAAGUUUUCCAGCUGGCCUUGAAGUGCUUCUUUGUUGCCAACUUGAUGGUCACUUGCGAUGGACACCAAGGAGGCACCCGGCCGGACAACGGAGGGGCGGCCUGCUAUGGAGGCUUUGACCUCUACUUCAUUUUGGACAAGUCAGGAAGUGUCCUGCACCAUUGGAGCGAAAUCUACUACUUCGUGGAACAUCUGGCCCACAAGUUCAUAAGCCCCCAGCUGAGGAUGUCCUUCAUCGUUUUCUCAACCAGAGGCUCAACUCUCAUGAGACUCACUGAAGACAGGGAGCAGAUCCGCCAGGGCUUAGAGGAGCUCCAGAAAGUCCUUCCCGGAGGAGACACUUACAUGCACGAAGGAUUCGAAAGGGCAAGUGAGCAAAUUUACCAUGAAAACGUCCAAGGUUAUAGGACAGCCAGCGUCAUCAUUGCAUUGACGGACGGAGAGCUGCAUGAGGACUUUUUCAUCUACGCAGAACGCGAGGCAAACCGAUCCAGGGAGCUGGGGGCAACUGUCUAUUGUGUCGGCGUGAAAGAUUUCAAUGAAACGCAGCUGGCCAGAAUCGCUGACAGCAAGGAUCACGUCUUCCCCGUGAAUGAUGGCUUUGAAGCUCUCCAGGGGAUUAUAGACUCUAUCUUGAAAAAGUCAUGCAUUGAAAUUCUGGCUGCAGAACCUUCCCGAAUCUGUGCAGGAGAAUCAUUCCAGGUUGUGGUCACAGGGAAUGGCUUUCGUCACGCCCGCAACGUGGACCGAGUCCUUUGCAGCUUCAGGAUCAAUGAAUCGGUCACACUUAAUGAGAAACCGUUUGUCGUAGAGGACACUUACUUACUCUGCCCUGCACCUGUCUUACGAGAAGUUGGCAUGGAAGCGGCUCUUCAGGUCAGCAUGAACGACGGCCUGAGUUUCAUCUCCAGCUCUGUCAUCAUCUCCAGCACACACUGUUCCGACGGAACAAUCCUGGCCCUGGCUCUGCUGAUCCUUUUCCUCCUGCUGGCCUUGGCUCUCCUUUGGUGGUUCUGGCCACUUUGCUGCACCGUGAUUAUAAAGGAGCCGCCUCCACCUCCAAUGGAAGACAGCGAGGAAGAAGAUGAUGAUGGUCUUCCCAAGAAGAAGUGGCCCACAGUAGAUGCUUCCUACUACGGCGGAAGAGGUGUUGGGGGCAUUAAGCGAAUGGAGGUUCGUUGGGGAGAAAAGGGAUCCACGGAAGAAGGAGCCAAGUUGGAGAAAGCAAAGAAUGCCAGAGUCAAGAUGCCAGAGCAAGAAUAUGAAUUCCCAGAGCCCCGGAAUCUUGGGAACAACAUGCGGAGGUCCUCUUCUCCCCAAAAGUGGUACUCCCCAAUUAAGGGAAAACUGGAUGCCCUUUGGGUUCUGCUGAGGAAAGGCUACGACCGAGUUUCUGUGAUGCGGCCACAACCGGGAGACAAGGGCCGCUGCCUUAAUUUCACCCGGUGUGAAGACCUCCCAGGCGCCCCCCAAGUACCGCUCAACAAUGCCUACCAUCCGCCUCCGCCUCGCCCCCCGCCCCAUUUACAACCCCCCACCCCCAGCCCCCAUUACACCCCCCACCCCCCAGCUCCCCAACGCCCCCACCCCCUCCCCUCCUUCCACGCCUGCAUCCCCCCGCCUCAUGCCCCACCCCCAAACCGGGCCCCACCCCCUUCCCGUCCCCCUCCCCGCCCUUCCGUCUAAAGGUCAGCCCCCCCUUUCUUCUCUCUUCCCUCCUUUCCUUCUCUCUCUUUCCCUCUUUCUCUGUCCCAGAAGCAUUUCUCAGCCAUUUUCAGCCGUACUGUAACCAUUGUCCCAAGGAGGCAAUCUCAAGACCUUUCCCCGAGUGACGGGAUGAGCAAACCGAUCCUGGUUCUUAAGCCAAAUGCUUCUUUGGCCAACUGGGAUGCUCAGGUGGCAUGGUCAAUUACAAAGGAAUAGCUCCCAUUUAUCACAAAGGAAGGAAGGAAAGAAGGAAGACGAUGCCAUCUAAGAAAGGUUGUCAAGGAACAUCUCCAUCACCUCUGGUUGCUCUCUGCACAUUUUUGUUGCAACAGUCACCAACUCAGUUGCCUCCUCUUCAGACUGAGAAUGGAUCCUUGUGCGUCUGGAUGAGACCAAAGCCACAAGCACCAAAACCCUGGUAGCUAAAACCUGAGGGCAUUCCCAUGAACACUGUUGCGGGUGUCUUCUUGCCUGCCAUGCAAGGUAAUCGUAUUUUGUUGGAUUUGUUGCGUUGCUACAAGAAAGGCAGCUGGUGGGAUGAACUACGUUAUCAAUGGACCGAAAGGAAAAGCAGAUGCUGGAAAGCCAAGACUCAUUUGGAACGGAGCCUUUGGGGCUUCAUCCUUAAGAAGAAAGCGGAGUGGAAUAGGGAGGCCAAGCUGUCACCAUUUCCUCAGAUGACAAGGGGAGACUGAAGGAUUGCAGGAUGGCAAAGGGUAGGAGGUGGGUGGGAACGAACCAUUUUUAUUGUGCAUCAAGGAUAUGCCAGCUUUGCCAACACAACAGAGAUGAGGUGUGUGUUGUUCUUUGAGAUUUCCCAAACAUCUGAACCCACCAAGAGUGGGGCUGAGUCAGUGGAAGAAGGUAAACUGGCCCAAGAGGCUCUCAACGGAUUUUAAAAGUGUAUCAGUUUGGGUAAAGUUCAGGUAUUCAUUUGCUGUUGACUACCUUUGGAAACAACACACAAGGACUGUAGAGAUGAUGAUCCAAGCGAAUUUUCUGUGUGUAGCAGAGUUAAAAUGAGCCUGAUGCCUUGAAUGGUCACUUUCUUUCCCCCUCUCCAUAGGGACAAAGUCUUCGGAGACGCCCUUCAAUAGCGGGAGUUGGCAAACAGAUUCUCACAAACCGUUUCCUCGCAUGUUGGUGUCAAUGUAUGUAGAGUUUUUCAUUGGAUUUGUAGAAGCCAAAGUGGUCUUGCAAAGAGUAGCAUGAGACGGGUCUAGAAUGAGUUAGGCAAUCCAGAUUCAAACAAAAAAAUGUUGUGGAUGUGUUAAGUCUCAGCCUAAGUGUGUUCGGAGGGAAUUCUGGAAGAGGAAGGACGGAAGCGAGAAAGAGAUGGAUAGACUCUGGGACUGAGUUUGUGGUUGGGAUGAUGCCUCUAAAUGCCUCGGUUCCCAUUUCCAGAGCAGGAAUUAUUGUGACUAUAAAGAGUAAUAGAAAUGGUUGGGAAAGGUGAGUGUUGUGAUACAGCUGCAAAUUAGAGUGACAUGAGUUUGUGUUAAAAAGGGGGGAAAUUGGCAUGUUUUGGCUUUGGCAUGGCAUGAGAUUCUACCUUCCAACAUGUGCUUAAUGAUAGACUUUCCUCCUUUUGUUGGUUUGCGUUCCUUUCCCUUUGCUCCUCAGCCAUUGAGUGCCUGCCCUUAAGAGCUGCUGUGCAUCUCCAUUUGGCACAAAACCCAGCCUUGCAAGCAAGAGUCUUCAUGGCUAGAUAGCUUCAAGCAGAGAGCAACUCUGGGAACAAAGCCCUGCUAGGUUUUAAAGCUCAUGCUUUGCAUGCAUAAAAUCUACCUUUCUGUCACCAGCGAAAGGGCUGGAACAGACCUCUUCGCAGUGCGAUUAGACCAGACACUUUUAGGAUAGCUAGACCCAUAAUCGGACUUACUUAGCAAUGAAUUUUUCAUUCCUCCAUUGGAAGAUCAAGGGAUGGGUGGGUAGGGAAGCUUUGCAGCAGUUGGUCUCAAAGAGCAGCAAGGCUUUGCAGAUGCCAACUCUUAGCUGUGCCACUUUACAGAUCAUGGGGCAAGACCAAAAAUUACAGUGACGCUUCAGUCGCCCAAGAAAUGCACUGGUUGCAUUUCAUUUUUCACUUUCCCCCCUUUGCAACUGGGAGUUGAUCUGCCUUUCCAGUGCAUCAUAAACCUGUAGUAAAAUGUCUGAGGACCUGGCUUAGGUGUUAGCAGUAGAUUAAAAAUCAUCAAAUCUUUAAAAGGAAGUUCUUUAAAAGCCUUCUGUGUGACGGUUGGUUAUCAGUUGUCCCCCAAACGCAACUAUGCCUUCUGAUUUUAAAGUCUUUUCACGCCACUCUUGUAGCUCAGUUCUGUUGUUGUUUCGUUGUUUUAAAUGCAUCUCAGAGGAAUAUGUUAAGUAAGAUUCCUAUACUGGGCUGACCAAUGUCUUUUUUUCAAAUAGCAAGGAGGUUGUUGUAGCCCAAAUAGCCCAAAGACUUCAGUGCCUUUACAUGCUCAUGCUUGACCUGCUUUGACUGAAAUAAACUCAGCGGGACUGAGGAGUGCUCAAUGCCAACUGUCUUGUGUCCUUAAAAGUGCAACCUUACAAGAUGAGUCUUUGGGCAGAGAUGUUCCUGGCGAGCAAGAAAAGGUGCAGCUAAAAAGGACUCCUGGGCACACAUUGUGCCCUUGAUUUUGGCCAGACUGGGUGACCAUAGCUUGCCCAAUGGCCUUGUGUAGGCUUGGCCACUUCAGUGGUCUGAGACCAUAAAGAACCUGUCCCAAGUUUGGUUAAGGGUGUUUUUGCAUGUUACGCCAUGCGGCAGAAAAACCAGCCGUACAUUGACUUUCCUAAGCAUAUUGUGUUGUCAAAAGAGGCUGCACCUGGUGGGAUGAUGCUUGUGUCUUAGACAGUACAAAGGUGGUAACAGUGUUGGUAAAGCUACUCAUUAGCAGGUCAAAAUGGUUUGGUUUUGGACAGUUGGGAGAAUCAUGAUGCUGUAAGGCUUUGGGACGUUCAGAUAGGUGUUGAUGGAACAUGUGCAUUUCUUCAAGGGCAGAUAGAUGUGUGAGUCAGUUGGACAGCUUUUCAAAAGGCCUGGGCAGAUUAUUGGUGAAGGAUCAUUCUUACCUGGUUGUGUUCUUAUUUGGUUUUCUGCUUCAUGUUAUAACAUUCAAAACCAGCGCAUGAGCUGCCUGUGUCAGGCUGCAAUUUAGAAGCAACUGCGGCAUUUUAAAGGAGAUUGCCGUGUGCCAUCGCGGUGGUGCCAGCAGGUACCUGAGCUCAAAAUGUUAAGGUGGUUUUCCCUUGCACCCAUUUAACCAAGUAGGAACUGUAAAAAGGGAUUAUUAUGAUCACUGCUUAACACAUCUAGGUUGCUUUCCAAAGAAGAGUUGAGUAGAAGAUGCAAAAUGUAACAUUCCUGGUGCUCAAAGUCCUGCUAUUUCAAAGGGGGGCAUUUAUUAAUAGUUGACCCACCCAGAGAGAUUCAGUGGCCUUUGGACCAUAGGUCUCUGCCCCCUCCCCACACACUAUAUAUAUACACACACACACCAUCCAAGCCAGAGCAAGUGUGACUUUGUCUGCAGGCAGAACAAAGCGGCUCUGUGGGAAAUUAAAAGAAUUCCUUGGGUUAUUGCUUUGGGAUGCACCUUCUCCAGACGUAUCCACAGUUUUGGGUGGCAGGUUGUGGUCCAUUCUGUCAAAAGAUGACUUUGGGAUGGUCAGAGAAGACCUGAUCCCCAAUGUGCAGGGUUUGGAUGCAAUCUGGCUGGACAGAUUUUGGCGUCUUUAGAAGAUAGGGAGCCCAAUCUACCAAGACAUCCUCCUCUUUUGUUACCAGCCCCAUAGAGGUAGAUGGGCCCAGAUUACUUUGAUGGGUUUAGCCAUAAGGACAUCCCAAGAAAUGAUGCUCUGAUGAGGAAAAACUGUUUGGAGAUUCAUGUCCCAACCCAUUUGGGAGUAGGUUUUUACUCGUUUCAGAUCCGUGAAGGUACCCCAAAGUUUGAAAUGAACAUUGCAAUACUUUUUCAUAGUCGCUCAGUAACCAUUGCACAAGAACAUCAGAAGGCAAAUAAAAGCAUUUUUAAAAACGUAUUUGGUGUUAUUAAAAAGGGUUUGUUUUUCCCCAUCUCUAAAUUCAAACCAUAAAAAUCUGAGGACAAAGAGGGAGGGAAUUAAAAAGUGUAAAUCAGGCCAAGUUUAUUCUUAUUAUUUGACAUACCCUAAAAUGCUCUGCACAUGAGUUAAAAGGAACAUUCCAGAUCUGUGGUGUAUAUAUUAUUAUUGCGUGCUUGCCAUAUUUUAAGUGGAAGCAUUUCCUAUCCUGUGUGGAUAAAAAGAUCUUUUCGGGGUUUUUUUUUCACGUUGUAGUAAAUUAUUAUAAAGCCAAUGAUAUUUCAUGGCAUGUUAUUGUAUCAAGCUGUGCUUGUUUUGUUUUUAUUAUAUUUUUUCCCCUUUAUGGUUGUAUUGCUUUUAUUAAUGUAUGAAUAUUUUCCUGUACUGACGAAUACCUUCUUUACAGAGCAUUAAUUGCAAUCACAAGGACACUUUCCACUUAAACCAGGGGUCGGCAAAGGCGGCGGCGGCGGCGGCGGCAGGGACCGGGCUCCAAAAUGCUGCAAAACCAAAGCAACAAAUGGCCAAAUAAACACUAUAGAGGAGCCCUGCAGCCUAAAUUUAAAGGUGAACUGCUGCAAACUGAAGACCUUGUGGAGAGGCAAGUUAUCCUUUUGGGGACUAAUAAAGUGGCAGUCUGGGAGUUUGGAGGAUUGGGGAACCCAUGUGUCCCAGGGUCAUAUUUUGCCCACCCCUGGUUUAAACCAUUAAGAAAGGUUGCAGACAGCAGUUAUGGAGCUGCUUCCGCUGAAGAUGGUAAGAAAGGGCAGUGGACUCAAUCCAGCAAAGUACUGUUUUUGCAUAAUUGUCAUGUUUCCUGGCAGCCUUCAGGGAGCAAGAGGAGAAGGGAUAGGUUUCAAGAGAGAAGAGAGUAGGCCAAAGAUAGAUCGGGAUCUACGGGUAAAAUCUCUGGCCAUUCAGCAAUAGAUCUUCAGGUCUGUAAAGCUCAGAUUGUUGAAGAGCAGCCACAUAAAGGCUUCUGUUCUAAACAGUGCAUGUGCGUAACAAAGUUGUGAGUUCAGUUGUGUUGCUGAAAACAAAAUGCAUGAGGUGCCUUAAGUUCCCAAGGGUUGUGUACCAGACACCCCUCGGUGGACCUCAGAGGGCUAACAAGCCUGGGAUGUACUUUAGGAGAUAAGAGAUCCAAUCCAAUCCAGAGGCAAGAUCCCUUGCACAGCCUACAUGAAAGUGAAUAAGGACGAUCAGAAUGGACACAUGUCCUCUUUUCCAGGCUUGCCCCCAAAAAGGCUACCAAGAAGACCUCAUUUCUGAAGGGCUACCUGGUCCGAGUCUGAUUUAAAGAGCCCCAAAGAAGGGAAAUGUCACCCAUGGGCAGCAAACUGAGCACCAGGCAUGCAGGUAGAUAGAUUACCAAUCUGUUUAAAUAAUGUGUAUUCUUUUAUGCAAACUGGUGCUCUUUUGGUGACUGAUGUCUUAAAUACCCAUCCUAGGAACGGGUAGGUUCCAUGUUAUGUUCUCCAAUCUUUGAGGUUAAGAUUAUGCAGAACGUUCCAUGAGAUUAUGACCUGGCAUUAAAUUAAUGAGGAGAGAGCAGCCAUCAUGGCACCAAAAUAUCUUAGGGACUGUGUACAGCACUAAACACUUCCCAGGAACCAUGGGAGAAAACAGAAUCGGAUGAGUAUUCUCCAAUGGGGAUUUUGGUUGGAUUGUGUCCAUAUACCUUAAAUUUAGAUCAAUUUUUCAGUGACAAUUAAUGUUGUGUAACGGCGAGGUUGAGCCGGCCGGCGUACUACAUUCCUUGUAUAGUAUUGUGUAUGUUAUCUUCUCUUAAUAGAAAAAGUCCGUGGAACUCAUUAUUUUGACUAUUCCAAACCUAGUCAUUUAUUUCUGAAGAGACUUAAGGGUUUUUAUAGAUUAAAAAAAGAAUGAUGAAGAUGGAAGCAGUUGGAUGGCAUUAUGGCUCUUCUGCAAUUUCUGGGAGGAAAACCUACAAAAUUAUAUGAAACAAAUUAAAUGACUCAGUUGUGAUGAACUACUUACUAUCAAGACUUGACACCCUCUGAAAUCAUGGAUAGCCUAGCAAUAGCAAGAACCAGUGGUUAAACACAUCUCACAUAAUAAAAAUUGUGGUUGAUCUGCAAUUGAUGGAAAUAGGGAAAAAAAUAACUGGAAGAAGAAGAGAGAAAGGAAUAGUAGCAACCAAUCAGAGGAUGCAAAAAAGAAAAGAGCUUUCUCUCAGGUAGAUCUGGCUUCCUUUGCUGGAGGAGAUGAAGAACUGAUUAGCCAGCAAACAACUCUUAUUCUGUGCCCUUGCCUUGUUUUGCAUGAGUCAAUUUUUAGAUAAGCCAUUAACCUGUCAAUUUUAAUGUCAUUAAAGAACUGAUCUGA